AACAGCAUUAUUUAUUCUCACUUGCUAUUUCAGGCAUUAGUAAAAAAUAUCAGAAAAAGAGGACUAACGAGCUUUGUUAAAUCAAAUUUAAAUGCACAAAGUUGUGUGCAGAUGUUUUCUGCAUUGGCAUUAUUAACUAAUAAUAAAAUAGACGAAGGGUAUACAGUAAUUCGCCAGUAUGCUAGGGACAAUAAUAUAUUCAUGGAUAUGUCACCAUUCUUUAAUUAUUUUUCAAGGUAUGCCACCAAUUUAAAUAAUCAAAAUGGAGGUAACUAUUUGUUCUCGGUUCAUGGAAUAGCAAGACGUACCAAUAAUAAUAUUGAAUCGUUCCAUGGACGUUUAAAAGACAAAUUUCAAGUGCAUCCAAAUCUUUGGAUAUUUUUGACGCAUUUAAAUGAAUUAAGUAAGAAAUCGCACAUUAUAAUUGGUCAAUUAGAACAAGGGCAUUCAGUAACUCGGCCAAUAAAAGUAAAAUACAUAGCAAAUUCACAACGGAUUAGUAUUGCUUCAUUUCAAUUAGACCUAGGUAUUUUAAGAGUGAAUGAGUUCCUUUUACAGUGUUGUCACACAACAGAAAGAUAUUUAAGAGAAGAGCUUAAUUGGCAGAUAAAUGUGGUAGGAGAUGUUACAUCUGAAAAUGACGAUGGUGACGAUGAUGCUAUAGCCAGGGAUAAUAAUAUGACAAAUGAACAUAUUCUUAAUAAUAUAGUGCAGAAUUAUAUAACUGAACCUGAAGAUGAUGUACAACAAGAUGAUCCAGAGAUUUUUGUAGUUGAUUUUAAUAAUAUUUCAAAUUAUAGCAAUGAUAUUUUAAGUUAUGUAUCUGAUCAGCAACAACAAGAACCACUUGUUUUGGAAGGUAUAAUUUUAAUAUAUUCAUUUCAAAAUAUAAAACUUGUUAGUGAUGCAUUCAGGGGCGGAUCUUGGAUAUUUUGA